CAUUGAUAGUAACUGUUUUAAUAUCAAUUAGUGCGUGUUAUCUGGGAUAUUAAACCGAUAUACUGUGACAUUCACAUUGACAGAAAUUUUCAGCUUUAAAGUUUUAUUUGUUGAAAGUGAAUCAGCAAAAUGGCAUCACUUCCCAUGUCUUCUGUCACUGAAGAUUCUUAUAUUGAUAUUGAUUAUUAUUGUACAGAUUGCAAAGAGCAGAAUAUUGUUUUAGUUGCGGAUUUCUACUGUAAAAUAUGUGUGAAAUUUUUCUGUAGAACAUGUAUUAAAUCACAUAAACAGCAUAGAAGGCUGUUGAAAAAACAACCUCCUUAUGGAAGGGAUAAACUUAUAAAGUGGCCACUUUCUUUGAAGAUGGAGAAGUUCCUUAUGACAUGUGACAUACACAAGGAUGAAAGAUUGAGCAUGUACUGCCGAGACCACAGUCAGCUGAGCUGCAAUUUAUGUGUUGACUUUAGUCACAGACAGUGCUCUAGAGUGAUGCGAAUAUCAGAGUGUGGUAAAGAGCUAAGAAUAGACACGCAUAAGCUGUCAUUGAAUAUUCAAUCCAUUCUCUAUCAAAUGAAGAGCCUGCAGAACAAUCAAGAGACCAGCAUGAAGUCUUUGCAGAACUCAUACACAGAACAUAUAGAAACCGUGAUAGAAGAAAUGCGUCAAAUAAUAAACUCAAGGUUUGUCACUAGUAAGAAAGAACUUUCACUAGAAGAACUGAGUUUGAACAUAGAUUCGGUUUUAACAGAUUUCGAGAGAGGUAUUUUGGAAGAAAUUAAAAGUGAAACUAUAUUCAUAAAGGAUUCCAUUACACGAUCUAUACACAACUGCACCAGGCUUAAGAAUGACCUUACACAAUUCCACGACUCCAUCCGCAAAAUUGGGAAUAAUAAAGCGCUAUGUCUAAUAGCCAGCAUGAAAUGUGAGCACACAAUACAGCAGGCAUUGAAAGUGCUGGGAAAGUCAGGCAAGGUGUUUACAUUCCGUGGGAAGUCUGAGCACAUUGUGAACACACAAAGUGAUUCAGUCACAUGUUGUAUCACAGGCUGCUGUGUUCUCCCAAAUGGACAGGUCCUGGUUUCAGACAGCUCGAAUAAGAAAGUCAAGCUGCUGAACCAGCAGUACCAGAUGGUGAGUCACUUGGACGUGUCUUUUACUACAUGGGAUGUGUGUCCGAUCACACCCAAUGAGGUUGCAGUUACUGUGCUUGAUCUAGGUAACACACACAUGGUCCAGUUUAUCAAAGUUGGCACAAGCCAGCUUGUCCCGGGCAAAGCAUUUCAGUUACAGCAUGCAUGUAGAGGUAUUGCACACCACCACGGUGACCUAUUCAUCACUUCUGGUACUGCACUGUAUAAGUACUCAUUGAGUGGAAAACUGGCCUGCAUACUCUAUGAGGAUGCAGCAGGUGAAUGGACAGCGGGAAGGUGUGCUGUGAGUCCCACAGGAAACACCCUUUAUAUUACCCAACCCUACCAGGACAGGCUCCUCACCCUGGCCAGGGAUGGAACAGUCCUGGCUACAUGCGAAGCCCCAGAACUGGAACACCCACGUGGUGUUCAUGUGACCCCUGAAGGCCAGGUGCUUCUCUGUGGUUGGGGGUCUAACAAUAUACUGCAAGUGGACUGGGAAGGAAAGGAAGAAGCUGGCCACUCUGACUACAUGGGAUAGGGAUGGAAUGAAGGAGGUCCCAUGGUCAGUCUGCUACAGCAUCACCGCAUCCUCCAUUAUUGUAGGGCAAUAUGGACAUAACAAAAUCCAUGUGUUAAGAGUGGAUUAACUACUUGCACAGAAAAUAUAUUAAGACAAUAAAUCUGGCUGAUCUGCUUUGCCCGGAACGGAAGACCAAACUUUCACCCGUCGGGGAAGAUUUUUCAAGCUUCUGUCGCACCCCAUGGAGUCUACUUGCACAUUUAAAUCUGAUAUUGUAACACCGUAAGGUUUAAAUCUAUUUUCCUACGUGGACGUAAUCGACACAAGAGUAGCCAGGGAUGCUAGGCGUUGUCUCUUUCGGGCAGCAACCAUGCCCCGUAGACAGGAAGACGAUGACCAUUUUAUGGGGCGCGCAUUGAAGACGUAUAACAAGGAGAGCAACACGUUGGUCAAUGGGCCUAACCGUCUCCAGUUCUAGCUCAGAGGACGAUAUUCGCCACCCCCUUCAUCUCCGUCUUCUCUUACGCAAAACUGGUCGCGAUGACGUAGAAACUAUAGCGUCUACCCAACCUUUUGGUGGUCCCGAAUUAUGGAUCCACUCUGUCAGUAGUGAAUUGAAUCAGAGAAAUCAAUAUUGUUUCUUAAACACUUGCAUGUGGAUACGCUCAAAACGAAAUCAAAUGUUAAACGGCCGUUAAUGUCUGACGUCUUGUAUCAAACAUUAUGAAAAAGUCCACUUAUAUAAGAUCCAACGACUAUGCCUGAUUUAACAGAUCCACAAAGUAUUAAGUCAACGAACAAGUAGAAUCUUUCAAUAUUAAACAGAUCCUCAAUGUUGUGGACGUGAGCGAGCGAACAAGGAUAUGCACAAAUGGAUGCUUCAGCAGCAAAAGCAGCAUCAAUCAUCAGCAACAACAAGCAGCAACAACAACAAUGUUCACAAUGGCAAUCAGCCGUUCUCUGGACAAAGGUUUCCAAAUACAAUGUCGGUGUAGCGUAGUGGAUAUUGUGUCUGCCUUGCAACUGAUAGGUCACUGGUUCAAGCAUUACUCAUGGGACGGUCUUUAGAUCAAGGUCUGGUUUUACCUAGGAAACGGACUCGAGAGCGUCUCAAUAAGGUGUUUUAUGCAAGUAUUAAAAAAAUGUUUAAAUGAAAUGUUUAGGACUUGUUCACACAUACAGUCAUUGAAACUGUCUACCAGCACAGUAUUCACAGUGUUAGAUAUUAAAUCACUCGAAACAGGUGUUGACGCAAGCAAGCUUACAUGUUUUGGACAGUCAUGUAGUCUGCCUUGUAGAUACUUGGCCUAACACGUGUUCUUUAAUACACUGAUGCGAUGUCUUAACAAAUAAUAUCAAUGCCAAGGAUUUAUCCCGUAUAUUUAGGUUAAGUACGAUCUAAAUUAGUAUCUAAAUAUGUACUUGUGCAGUUGGGCCUUUGUUUUAAAAAUGCUUUGGAAGAGCAUUCUCCGGAGAUACGUGAUGAAUCCGGCCAGAGAAGCCAGGUACUAAAUAGGCGCUUAAAUGCCUGGUUUGUCCGAGAUAAUGCCGUAGGACGGUAACCCAUAUGUUCCUUAUGCAAUCUCGAAAUGUUAUCCAGAUUUGGUGCCCAUAAUGAAUUCUGUUAAUGGAACAUAGUCCCAAGUGCUUAAGUUGGUGUGACAAUGUUGUUGAACAAGUCAAUUUUUCUGCCCGUAUAAGUAUCCCCACAUAGCACGCAUGGUUGCAUUCGCCAUUCAAACUUGCGGGGUAGACUUGUACUUAAAAUGGUACCGGUUACCGCUUAAAUAAAUAGCAGACGUGUUGGUGUGUAUAACUUUCCUAAACGCGGGCGCUUGACAUUUUACAAAGCUCAACACGCUUUAUCGUGGUUUAAAAUGAUAUGUUUAAAAUGAAACAAACUAAUUCUUGCACUAUGAUUAUUAAUACUAAACACAAUGUAU